UUCGGCGAAAACAGUGUUUCUUACAAUAUUCAUGGCCUACUCCAUGUAAGAGAGACUGUAAAUCAAAUCGGAAAUCCGAUUGCAGGUUCCUCUUACGCGUUUGAGAAUUAUUUGCAGGUAUUAAAAAAAGUGGUCCGAAAGCCAACAAAUAUUCUAGAACAAAUUUAUAGAAGAACGGUAGAGGAAACGUAUGUAGCUCCAGAAAGGGAGGAAAUUAAGUUAGAAGGCAGGUUUCUUAAAAUUAAAGACUGUAGGCUUAGCGAUAGGAAACCAGACAAUUUUUGUUUCGUUGGGGAUGAGAUCCCAAUACAAAUAGAGUCCUUUGAGGACAAUGAAGGAGAAAUAUUUAUAUUAGGUAGGGAAUUCAAUGAUAAAACAAACUUUUUUGAUGCGCCCUUAAGGUCGUCAAGCUUAGGAAUUUAUUUAGUAAAUUUCAGAACGCUGAUGAGCGUUAAAAAAUUUUCAGUUAGGGAAUUUAGGAGAAAGGCUGUAGUUAUGCCUUUCAAACAGGAAGCAGUUUUAGUUCCAUGCUUGCACUGUUCUUAGGGAUUUUUAGGAUUUUGGAGGUGUUUAGUCCGUAGGCGUAAUUUAAUUACGAAUCGGGCAUAUUUAAAGCGACGGCGCUUUAAAUAUCUUUUGAAGAUUCACCUUCCAUGGUUCGAAACCAAAAAAAAAAAAAAAAUUAGGAAGUUUCAAUUUAUAAAACAAUGAUUUUAAUUAUGUUCUUUUUAUUUCCUUAGAAUGUCAGAGCCACCGAACAAAAUUCGCCGUAUCGACUUUUCCGAGUCGGAUCAUCCAUCCGUAUCUCAUUCAUGUGAAGAAAGAAUAAUCCUGUGCGAAGAAAGGAUACUUUCCGCAUUAAAAGAACAAAACAUCUAUCUUGCGGAGCAAAAUGCGGCUUUGCACCGCAAGAUAGAUGUUUUGGCCGAGAAGCUGGCGGAGAACACGGCAAAGUUGCUAAUACUAUUUCAAGUGGAGUACAAAAAGAAUUUCAAAAUAAUAAUAAUACAGAAUUUAAUAAUACUAUUUCGAGUGGAGUACAAAAAGAAUUUCAAAAUAUUAAUAAAGAACAUGAAAAUACUAUUUCGAGUGGAGUACAAAAACACCCUCUGGUUUUGUAUGAUGACCAUGAUGAGCAUAAUGAUGAUGAUGGUGAUGAUGAUGAUGAUGACCACGAAGUAAUCAUUUACGAUGAGGAUAAUCCAGAGCCAUGCAU